AUGAUUUCAAAACUAUCAAGAAUUUCGUUCAUUUGCAUUGCUAUCUUUCUCAUUCCGAGAAACAUAGCUGUUGUACAUCAACCACAAACAUUUUCAUCAACAGAUUCGUCUACGGUUGAUUCUGGGCAAGAACCUCCCGAAGGUUAUUAUGCUUUUAUCGAAGCUCCCAGAAUGGAACCACCUAAAGUCCGUUCUCCACCUUACUUCAAAUCUAACAAAUUGUGUCCAGGGGUCAACAAGAAUCCAUCAGCAAAAACAUUGAAUAAUCUAUGCGGAGAUCUCAAUAAAGGGUUUUUGCCAGUGAACCCAAUGAAGCAAAACGUUUUAGGAUCACCAUACCCGUUUGAGUUAGUGAAGAAUAAAACAUUAGAAUUCUUCAGCAGAACAUUACCAAUACUCAAAGCAGACGAAACUAUACCAAAAGUAGCCAAAUAUGUGCCACCUGAAUCGUAUUACCAAAGUAGUACGACCCAAAAAUACUUACAAGGAAAACCUUUUCGGCGAAGAGCUAAGUACACAAAUACAGAUUCUCUUGAUGAUGUAAACAUGGACGACGAAGAUGUUCCUAUAAAUUCUCAAAAUAGUACUAGACAUUCAAGAAAAUUUUGUGACACCAGCGGUGGAGUAUUUUGCAUGCUCUAUAAAGUAAUACAAGGACAAGCACUGUCCGGACUUAUGGCUCAACGGCGAACUGAACAAUUAGAAUAUAGAACACGUGACCCGGUUCAUGCUGCUGGUAGUGUUAUGGAUGGGCCACCCACUCCCUGUCCUGCCAAGGUAGAAUAUGCUACACCAGUAUUUGCGCGGAACUACCAGGGUAUGUGGCGAUAUGUAGUGCAAAUUCCGUACGAAGGAUAUUUUACCCAAACCGUAGAGGUGACUAAGUGCACUCAAACUAAAUGUCAUUACAUAGAGGGAGGAUGUCUGUCAUCACCGAGAUGGGUAAGCCUGUUGGUUGCAGAGGUUUACUAUCCAGACACUUAUUUACCAUCUGCUUCUAACAAUCGAAGAUUGCCAGUACCACCACAACAACAAGGUAUGUACAGAACACAGGCACAAGGAGAUGAUCCACCUUCAGUACAAGACUUUCAAAACUACCAGCAAUAUUUACAUAAACGUGCUACUCAAGGUGCUCCUGACCCUUUGCCCUCCCAAUCAUCUACUUCGACAUCGAAGAAAAAGCCACAUUGUGACGGUAUUGACGAACUCGGAUGUUUUCAAGUGAGACUUUACUAUGACUGGUUUUUGAUUCCUGGAAGUUGCAAAUGCUGGAGACCAGAUUAUUUUGCAAGAUAUGUAAAAAGAAAAUCAACAUCGCCUGAACUGUAA